UUCACAUUCCCAAUUCACCAAAACAAAAUAAAAAAACUUUCAUUCAGUUUCCCUUCUCCCUCUGUCGAAUCAUCCCCAUUUCAACUCUCUAAAACCCUUAUUUUUCAAUUUUCUUCGUUUUCUCCCUCAAAAUCCAAAAUCUCAUCUUUCUAAACUCAAAAUUGUCAUUGCAAAGCAAGCAUCAUCUUCUCAAUCUGCACCGCAUCCAAUUCCCAAGAUCGUCGUUCAGAGCAUUCACGCUAGGAGAGUGAUGAUGACAGUACACGCCUAGCUGGUUGGCCAAUCGUGUCUGCCAACCCUAAAAAAUCGACUUGUUGCAUUUUCCCGCUCAACCACUAUAACUGAGAAAGUUAAUAAGUAAUAAAGAAUGAAGGAGACAUUGAACUUGUGAAGGAGGAUAGUAAUGGCAGUAGGAGUUCUUGGAUGAUUGGUAACAAGUGUUUUUGUGUGUGUUGGACUUUUUUAGCUUGGAAGGUUUAGUAAAAGGGAGUCCAAGUUCUGAAAGAUCUCAGCCUGCAUAAUCAUGUAGUAAGGCACAUCUUGUUGAUAAAAGUCAUAAAUCUUCAGUUCCCAGUCGAAAGGAUCCCUAGUAAUCCGGAGUUCGGUAGGAGGUAAGUGAAGUCUGGCGAAGAAUUGUUCCCACCCACCGAGCAUCGAAUUCAGGUGAUAAAAAAGUUGGGGGUGCAAAUAGAAGAGAGGUUACAAAGGUGAGUGAGCAUGGAAGAACAUCCAGAGAGAGUAGAACUAAGGAGAUUGCAGAGGGAGCAAGAGAGGGAGAGAAGGCGCAUACGCGACAGACAAAGGAGACAAGCCAUGACUGAAGAACAACGAGAAAGACACCUUGCACGCCGCCGCAGAAAUUACCAGCUUCGAAGACAAAGAGCUGCAAAUGCUAAUAAUGUUCAUGCUCCUUUCAUUCCUCUUCCUCCUAGCACUCUUGCUUUUGAAUCAAGUGCUGGUGAAGCUAGUACCAGUGAUGAGUUUCAAGGUGUUAAUCCAUCUACGUUACUUGACUAUAGAGCCAUAUCUCAUGGCAUUUGUAUACCACAUUAUGGCCUCAAUCAAGGUCAAGAAACACUGAAUUUGGGGACACAAGUUUCUCAUGAAGGAUCAUCAUUGAACUUGGAAUCUCUAGCUUAUAAGCUCGAUAAUCCACCAAGAAGGGUGCGUCUAACUCAGCUCAGACACCUUGCAAGGAACAUUGUAGGUUCGAUGGUUGAUUCUGCUGGUAUUCACCAGGUUGCAGCUGAGUUGAAAACAAAUGGAGAUGGGGAAGUUUGUAAUUUUGGUAGCACACAAAAAUCCUUGCGUUUGAAUUCUGUGAAGCGUAUUGCUCGAUCAACGAAUCCUCCAGCCAAAGAGACUGAAAUUCAGAAGGACAAGGAUUUGCCACCAGGAGAGAUUCAGUUACUUGAUAAUCAAAGCUUUAUGGCCACUAGUUAAGGUGAAAGUGAGAGGUUCACUCAAAGCUGCGUUACAGAAUAGUUGCAUAAAUAAGGACUAAUUUUAUACAUUACAUGUAGAAAUUAAUGAUACAUACAUGUAUUUUGGGGAAAUAUUUUUUUGUUUUCUUUUUACAUUACAAAACUACAGUAGUGUUAUCCCAUUGUUUUCUAUUUACAAUGAUUUAUGUGUUAACUUUGUAAUCAACAAAUAAAAGGGAAAACAUUUUUUGAA